AGAUCUCAACCUUCUAACCCUCAAAUUAGAAUGAGUGACUAGACAGAAAGCAAAACCAGGGGCAAAACAUGUUGACCCCAAAUCUCCCUCAUAACUGAAACUCUCGCUUAGCAAAGCCCUCUCCUACAACCGCCCAAUGAUGGCCUGUCUCAGACAAGCAGUGAAUUUGAGUAAUUAACAAUUGAUCAAACUUGUAAUGAGUGGACCUAGAUAGAGGGUGUGAGGGUCAGGACACGACACAGGGCACAGCACACCCCCAGCACAGUGUGUCCCUGACAUGGCACCGUACUGUCCAUGGUCACAGAGCAGUCAGCAGUCUGUAUGGACCCAGAAGAUGUGAAAGCGAUUCCGUAAAUGCUCAUUGUAGUUUAUGGAGUAGUAAACCCAGUCAAUGUAAGUAUCUCAGUCCUGUAAUAAUAAUUUAAGAGAGUAUAAAUGAUUACAUAGAGAACAACAGCACUGUUUCAGCACCACUAUUAAAUAGAGGAUUAUAUCACAAUUGAGAAUGAUAUGCUUCUGUGCUCUUGUUACAUGGCACGUUUGGCAGGGUUUUAGGGCAAGGUUUUAAAAUUAUCCAAUAAAGACAGAAUAUCAAAUGAUUGCAAAUCUCUCUUUCUCUUUGUCUCUCUCUUUCUCAUCUUAUUCCUUCCGUUCUUUUAUAUUUCCGUCCGUCCGCCCUUACGCCUUCACUCAGAAUAGCCUUCGUUCACUGUACAUCUCUUUCAUAAUUCACUGCACAAUAACUGUCUUCCAUAGGACACUGCAUGACCUGUGUAGCCGGCAUGCUCAGCAACUCAGCCUGUUUAACCUCCAGCCAUUCUCCAGCAAGGCUGCCAUUUGCAGGCUCACUACAAGGAGUCUUCAGCCGCGUAUUGAUUUGUAAGAAUGGACAGGGGACCAGGUUCUGAGGGAGGCAUGCCGGUGCGCCUGUCUGCACUUAGGUGCAUGUGGGUCCAUGUUGUGUGUGCAGUCAUGUGCAUGCAUGUUAAUUUGUGUGGGUUUUGUAUGUAAAGAUGUGCAUGUGUUAUACUAUAUGUGCACUCAUACACGUGUGUGAUGUGAUGCGUGUGUGUGUGUGUGUGUGUGUGUGUGUGUGUGUGUCUGUGUGUGUGUGUGUAUGAAAGACCAGUUGUGGGUAAAUGAGUUCUGUGCUGUGAAGCAGACUUAAAGUCUGGGAUCUCCGUGUGUGAGUCACUACUUGCUGAAGGAGAAUGUGUUCGAAAGAACGGACUGUUCCCCUGUGUGUGUGCAUGUGAGUGUGUGUGUGUGUGUGGCAUGCAUGUGUGUGUAUGUGUGUGCGCACACACUUAUAUGUGUGUCCAAAACAGUUUGGUGCUCUUUGAAUUGUCAGACAUCAUUUGAUGAUAUCUCACCUUCUGCUCGACUGGCCAUCACCAUCCUUGCUGGGCGACCCUUGACCUUUUACGUGGUUGGCUGGGCUGACACCGACCCAGCAGGUGGAGCUAACUCUCAGUCAGUUGACCCCCCACCCACACACAAAAACACACACACACACACACACACACACACACACACACACACACACACAGACUUCAAACAGCUCUUUGGUCUCCCUGUACACACCCCUCUAAGUUUCUGUCUUCAUAUGUCCCUGGGUGUUGCGUCGUAUCUUUCUUAUCUCUCCCCUUUCUGUCCUGUCCUCCUGUCGGACUCUUCUCUCUCUGUUCUCAUCUCUCUGUUCUUCACCACUCCCCUGACUCUCCUCCUCCUUUCACUCUCUCUUUCUUCACACACACACACACACGUGCACACACACACGCACACACACACACCCCUCUUCCUGUUCAGUUAGCUCUUAAUCCAAGCAAUGAAUACAAUACUACAAUCAAAACAAUACUUACUGAUGAGUUUACAAGCAUUGCUGGCUUGUCACUGAUGUGCCACCAUCACAGAGAGCAUUAACUGAGAUAUGCUACUAACACGUGUCGUAUUUCUCUGUGUGUGUGUCUGUGGUGAACUAUCCACUGCUUCUGUGCCAGUGUUGUCUCUCUGUGUGGCGUGGUGAUCAUUUGGUGAUCAUUAGCCAUGUGGCUCAUCACUGCAUCUUAGGCAUGGACUCGUCCCUCACUGGUGUCCCUGGUUGUUGACCUCACUGCUGUCUCCUAAUGGUUUGUGCAGAUGAGGCUGACCCUGUUGUUUUUCUCACCGCUGUCCCUGCAGAUGAGCUCGUGCAGCAGCCGGGCUCUGACGCUGCUCUCCUCCGUGUUCGGGGCGUGCGGCCUGCUCCUGGUGGGCGUGGCCGUGUCCACCGACUACUGGCUGCUGAUGGAGGAGGGCAUCGUGCUCCAGCAAAACCAGACCAUCGAGGUCAAGAUGGCGCUGCACUCGGGCCUCUGGAGGACCUGCUUCAUCGCCGGUGCUGAGACGGGGAGGUGUGUCGCAGCAGAGUACUUUAAUGAGCCUGAAAUAGAAAUCACAACCGAAAAUACAGCAAACAUUUUGAAGAUGGUGCGGACAGCCACUCCAUUCCCCAUGGUGUCCCUCCUCUUCGUCUUCACCGCCUUCGUCAUUAGCAACAUCGGACACAUCCGCCCACAGCGCACCAUCCUAGCCUUCGUCUCCGGAAUCUUCUUCAUCCUCUCAGGGCUCAGUCUGGUGGUGGGCCUGGUGCUUUACAUCUCCAGUAUAAAUGAUGAGGUGAUGAACAGGCCUCGGGAGCCUGAGCUCUUCUUCAACUACCGUUACGGCUGGUCCUUUGCCUUCGCUGCCAGCAGCUUCCUGCUCAAAGAGGGGGCAGGCGUGAUGUCUGUGUAUCUGUUCAUGAAACGAUAUGCUGAAGAGGAGAUGUACAGGCCCCACCCGGCUCUCUAUCGCCCCCGCCUGUCGGAGUGCAGUGACUACAGCGGCCAAUAUCUGCACCCGGAGUCGUGGCCGCCCUCCCAGCAUGUGCGCAGAGCCUCCGAGGUCUCCAGCGACAUCUCCAUACAGCUCAACCAGACGCCACCGCCGCCGCCCAAGAGCAACUCUCAGCAGGGAGGCCCGGGGAUGGGGCCCUCCACUUCAGUGCCAUCCUCCGGCUCCAGCUACCAGCUCAACUCCCCGGGCAGUGCCAACUACCCCCACUCCCACCCAUUGCACCCUGGGCACGGGGGCCCCGGGGCUUCCCAGACCCUGCCCCUCUCCAUGCCCCCCAACGCCGGGGGCCCACCCCACUACCACACGCACAUGCGCAUGGGCGCAUCCCCCUGCUAGCAUGUGUGGUGCUGCAGAGACAGAGAGAGAGAGAGAGAGAAUAGAGAAUAGACUUUGGGGCAAAAAGAGAGAAGCCAAGAAAGAGAUAGAGUUAGAGAGAAACAUUAAGAGAAAAAUAGAGGGAAAAAGAGAACAAAGAGUGGAAGGGUGAACAGGGGGGUCAAAGAGAAGUGGACAAAGGACAGAGCCAGAGCAGGGUUAAAAAUGGGAGACACUGAGGAGAUGUAUUGUUAUGGGGGUGCACACUGGGGGAGAUUGAGGAGGUAGAGAAAAUAGAUUAGGGGAUAAAGCUCAGAGAAGUUCCUCUGCGCAGGACACAACUGCUGUAGAGAGAUACUUGGCCCUGAUAUCACCCUGCAAGAGACUUUUGUUGCAAAAGACUGAUGAACAAAACUGCAUUCUAUCGUAAAACACAAGGGACAGUGGUUUGAUGUCCAGAGUAAAUAUAGAUAUCGAUUGUGCAUAAACUGUAUAUAAACAUAUUCAUAUGUUACUGUUUUAAUUUCUUAAAGAUUUAUGAACAUCCUAGUGCAUUCAUUUGAAUAAUUACUACUGUUACAUGUAAGGCCAGGAAUAUGCAAUCAGAUUCAUCCAUUUUAUGUAAAAGCCUCCACCACACUGCUAAUGUUGUUAGUGCUGGAAACAACAGUAAUUUAAAAUAUUUAUGGUGUAUUUCAUACACAUAUACAUGUAUAUACACAAGGAUGAGAUGACAUUUCUACAUGACUAGACUUGUACAAAUUGAAACUGGAAAUAAAUCAUUAAUUUCUAUAAAUAUGUUGAUGAAUUACAGGCUGUGUGUAAUGAAAACUAGUACUAAUACAAAUAUUGCAUAUCCACAUUUUUGUACAUCCACAUUGUUAUCAUGGAUGACACCUUUCCACAAUGAUUCACAUGAUUAUACUGGAGAAAAAACAGAACAGUAAAAGGUAACAAAGUCCUUCUCGAUGUGUAAAUCAUAUAAUGUUUUAUAUCUGAUUUUUAAUUAAAAAAAAUAAAUAAAUAAAUAAAGCAUGUGCAUUCACGGGCAUGCUUUUCAAAGAAGUGCCAACUGAUAAUUUUAUGCAGCUUAUUUAACUGGAUCUGAAUGUUAUGCUGUGCACUUUAAGACCAG